CGCCCCUCGCCCAACACCCUCGCCUUCCUUCCUCGUCUUCCCUCGUUCCUCGUUGCGUUGGAUUGGAGGUCGGAGUCGUCCGGAUAAAAACGAAAAACAAAUCAACAAAACAUUAGGCAGACCAAAUUAUAUCAAAGUAAAAUUCCAUUUAUUUGACGAGAAUGAGAAUAUUCCAGCUUUGAAAUGCGAGAAGACCCAUUCGAAGGCGCUGAGAAGUCGCGCAAGUGGCGUAACCACCACAAGACCAAUUGCAAGGAAACUGAAGAGGAUCAUUUGCAAUUGGGACAGAAAUUCGUCUACGAACUCGAGUCUGGUCGAAGCCUGAUACCAGCCGCUGACCGACUGUUGCUCUUCCUGCGAGGGGCUGGUCGCCGCAGACACUCCAAAUGCGGACUUUACUUGGUCAAAAUGGGUCUGGCCCACGUUCCUGACGAGCAAAUUCCCGUGCUCCUUCUCAGACUGAUUGCAGAUAAAGGCACUCCGGCUCGGUUGAGAUGUCCUGAGGACUUUGUCGUCGAAGUGAUUGAAACGAUGGCCAAUCUAGGGGUCAGUCUCCACUAUCUGUACUACAUGGGAGGCACCCUUUUGGACUCCUCACGAAAUCGCUACCUGAUGUCAGCAGUGAUGGCCAACGUCCGGAAGGUUGGACGUCUUCUCUUGGAAAGAGGAACCACAGUUGAGCAACUGGUCACUGCCCCCAAUGGGGUUCGUCGAUGCGCUGACGGAAGUGGACAUUCGCCAAUUAGCUUUUGCCUCUGGCAUUUCCAGUUCUACACUGAUCCUGGCAAGGACCUUCUGGAAUGGGUAGAGCUUCUUCUCUUCCAUGGUGCUUCGUUUGUCCUUCAGAGGGAAAACAACAUCAACUUGGACAAGUCUGUGCCUCACUAUCUCAUUGAACACCUAUUUGUUUUUGUUGACGAUGAAACCCCCUGGGUGCCUACAGCUUUAAAACUGUUACACUUGUACCGAGAGUCAGGAGGUCGGAUGUGGACAAAACAGAACACUAAGCAUGGCGCUCAAAACGCCUUGGAAUAUGCAGACUUUGAGAGAUUGGAGUUUGAUAUGGAUGUUAUCCAAGCUAUGAUGAAGACGCCUAGGUCUCUUAUGAGUUUGUGCAGAAACUGUAUCAAAAAGGCUGUGGGUAGACAGUUUUGGAGGGAAGCACCAAAUCUGGGUUUGCCCAGAGAGCUGACUAGUUAUAUCAUGAAUUGGAACUACGAAGAAGAGUUCAAGAGGGAGUAUGGCAUUCGGCUAGUGCUACAAUCCCCUAGUGUGGAGAUUGUGGAAUAGAGCAGGCAAUAAGAAAGACUGCAUAGCUUGUUUAUUUCUCAAUGAGUUAGUAAGCCAACUCUACUAACAUACGAAUAAUAGAAAUCUCAUAUUUUUUGUCCGUAACUUGCUAUCAUUACCCUAACCCACAAACAAGCUCUUGACUUGGAGCUCUUACAAUUAGUGUGAUGUUUAAAUUUGUAGAUCUAUAUAAAUUCUGAGUCAUUGUAUUUUUCCUCCAAUCAAAAAUGAAAUAUUUUCCUUCCGUCUUUAAUUUUUCUUAUUUUUGUACCGCAGUGUACCAAACAAUUUAUUUCAAAUGCCUACUUUGAGCUAAAAAGGGUGCAUUCUUACACUUGCUAAGACUUUCAUUUGGAUAUCUUUUGAUUAAAUUAGGAACUAAAAAUAAUUUAAAGAUUUAUAUGAUUGUUGAUAAUUGAAACAGUAAAUCCCAAAAUUAAAAUAAUGAUUGUAUAGUGGCAAAAUUUGAAUAAAUUUUUUUCUUUAUAUUU